AUGUCGGAUGUGGAUAACUUGGUCGGGGCUCCCAUCUCGAGGAACACCUCUUUCAAUUGGACAUGGUUCAUUGAACUCCUCACCUGCUCUUGCUUGACACUCUUCUUCCUCUUCUACUUUAACCGCCUAUUCGCGACCCUUGUCUCCUAUGGGCUGAGAGCCUUCACCUGGCACAAGUACCGAGUCUGGGUUGACAUACAAGCCCUUCAGCUAUCCUUCUUAGCUGGGCGGAUUUUCUUCAAAGGCAUUCGCUAUCACGCCGAGAAUGAAACAGUCCUAAUCCAGCAUGGCUACAUCACUUGGAGGUACUGGCAGUCUUCCGCGCGGCAAGUGGAUCUCACGGUGCUGGAAGGGGAAGAGGAGGAUUCUGUACUCAAGGAGAAGAAGUCGUCGCCUGUAGGUGGCUCUGACAAGUCGGAAACCCAUUUUGAAGACCCUGAGCAUGGCAGACUUAGGAGAAAACCGAUCGCGGACGCCCGAAUCUCGGCCCAUAUCACUGGCUUGGAAUGGUUCGUCUACAACAGAACGCCUGUAUACGACUCUAUUGUCCAAGAUGUCUUAAAUCAUGAUCCCAAGGACGGUGGUGCGCAACAUCAUACUACCGGGCAGAAACAAGAACACAAGCUGGGCAAGCUUCAUCUCCGUCGGGACAAGACAAGGCCCCAUUCGAAAGACGCCACUUCCAGCGACAGCACUGCGGAUAGCCCACUUAGCGAAAAGGCUGACCGGCUCUCACCAUCGAGUGAGUUUGCUGUUCCCAUCGGACGGGCUGAGACCUAUACCAGCGUGGCCGCGGACACGGAGGGUCCUGCCACAGAUAUACCGUCCUUUUAUCCCUGGAUCCUGCGAGCCUUACCGAUUGCUGUCGAGUGCUCAAAAGGGGCAAUUUCGCUUGGGAAUGAGAACACGCGGGCGUUGGUCGUCACUACCUUUGCAGCCGCGAAAGGCCACAUCGAUGCAUCCGCGGCGAGGUCGUCCGACUUCUUCCGGCAGGUGUUCGACUUUACUAUUGAACAUCCCAAAGUCGAAAUGAAACCUAAUCCUGACUUUCGCAGAACUCAGUAUGUCGCUGCUGAGAGAAUAAUAUCAGCUGCAGAGUCUCUGUACCAACGACGAAGGUGGUGGCAAGUGAAUCUCGGUCUAAGACGCCGAAUUGGUAAAGCUUUCCGUGGUCUCAGACGUCUUUUGCCGGGCAUAGGCAGUUCAAGGGGCUCCCUCCGCACCACUGCAUCGCAGGACGGUGAUACUAAGAAAUAUCACCUCUAUGACGAAUUCCCAGAUGAGAAUCGAUCGUGGCAUGGCCUUGGUAGGUAUUUGGAUGAGGACGAGCGCGACGAUCACGAAGGCUGGUCUCAUGUGGAAUAUGCCAGGUUCUCACAAAUCCUAGACUCGCCAGAAGUUCACUUCAAGUUCUUCUGGGACAUGCCGGGCAAAGUGACAGAAGAAGAUGCGGACCUAGGCCGACAUGCAAACGUGGACGACAUCAAUAUGUCAAAGCCACCAGCCUACGGGAUGGACCUGACUGUCAAAGGUGGCUUUGUAAACUACGGACCCUGGGCCGACCGCCUUCGCAUUGAAAUCCAGUCGGCAUUUGUCCCAAAUCCCUACAGAUCAGUGACACCACCCCCGCCUGUUAAAGUAGGCGACGUGCGGCAAUACACGGUGAUGACGAUACGCGUUGAUCUUGAGGAUGAAGUUAGUCUCCGUGUACCGACGAGAGAACGCUCGAAAGACUGGCAGUGGAGAAAUCGGGCGCACGCCGUCAGGGAAGCUGCCGCUGUACGGAAGCAACGUGAAAAGAGACAUUUUCGAUUCCGUCGCGCUCCAAAGACCAAGCUAGGGCCCGAUAUCCGCCCCUUUGGUUGGUUGACCGUCUCAGCAGGCCAAGAUUCGACAGUGCGGUACGACAUGGACAUGGUCCCGCGACCAGAAGGCUACAGAAAUUAUCUGCGACUUGACCUGAAGCAGACGAAAGCUACUUCUAGCGUCAAUCACGCAUUGCUUUGGCGUUGUCCGUCCCAGAAGGUUUCAUGUGACCUGUCCAAUCCUCUAGUGUGGAAUGCCCUUCAUACCUGGGCUUUUGACAUUGAGAGCAGUGCCAUGGAGAUGUUUCUCUUGAGAGACCACAUGAUUCUGCUGACAGAUCUUGUUAGCGACUUUACAGCAGGGCAGAAGCCGGACUAUAUGACCUUUGUACCGUUUGUCUAUCAACUCCACUUGACAUUCUCGGACCUGAAGCUAUAUCUCAACGCAAACGACUAUAACAUUAUUGACAACCCAUGUGACCUUGAGGAAAACGCAUUCCUAGUCCUAGGAUUCCAGUCGCUGGCUGGAAAUGUGGAUAUUCCCAUGCAGUACUUCUCGCCUCGUCAGAGCAGCGUCAAGUUCAUUGGCGAGGGUCAUAAUGCAUAUCUGGAACUCAUCACACCGGUGUGGAACACGCUCAAUACGCUCGCUGAGGACACAACAAUGAUGACGCUCAAGCUGCUUAAUCUCGAAGGCUCCUAUAACUACUAUCCCAAUACGUCUCCCAGCUUGACAGACUCUCUGUUCAUGACCAUUACAGGGUAUGCGCCCAAGUUCUUUUUGCAUGGCUACCUUAUCCGCUAUUUCGUGAACGUCAAGGAGAACUACUUUGGUGAGGAUCUGCAUUUCAGGACGCUGGAGGAGUAUCAGGAUACGUUGGCCGGUAACGAGCUCCAGCGACCGCGACCAAGCAGCAAAAAGGACAAUGACUUGGAUGUUAUCUUGACUAUCCGAGCCGAGAACUCCUGCGUGCUGUUACCUGCAAACAUUUACUCACAGCGAGAAAACGUCCGUGUGGAUAUCCUUUUAGUCGACGCCGACAUGCGCUUUACCAACUAUUACAUGGACUUACAGGUUAGCUCAAGUCCGCUCGAGGCUUCGCUUGAGUCUAUAACAGUUAAGGGCAACGAGCCGUCCAGCUCAAUCACGAACUGUCAACUGUUCAUUGAUGGCGCCGGCGUGUACGGUCAUAGGCUCUUUGGGGCACCACCUUCGGAGCCCGCAUACGCCUGUCAUUGGGAUAUCAAUGUUGGUGAGAUCAUGGGCGAAUGCUCCACGAAGUUUGUUCAGACCCUGAUUAAUUCCAUCAUGGCAUUCAUCUAUACCCUGGACGACGAUGAAAAUUCCUUGCCACCUUUCAAUCGGACGGCUGUUCACGAUGUGACCUUCCUCAGAGCCAAUCUCGCCGGUCUCCGUCUUUGGCUGGUCUCAGGAUCAACUGCCUACAUGCUGGAGCUUUCCGAAUCUGAUGUCUCAUUCAGCGACUGGGCCAACUCCAGCUUUGCAAAGACUUUGCGUGCCAGCGUCCCUCGGGUUGCUCUCGCCGCCGUGGAUUAUAAAGCCGCUUUGCGAACUCACGAUCGAAGAUCAGGCUUGGCAGAGACCUUUGCCUGCUUUGAGACCUCUCUUCGGAUUGGGACGCUGGACAAGACAGACAAUCUUGCACAUACCCGCGCAUUGCAACAACAGCAUAUCCGCUAUCAUGACCAGCGAACCCACCGUGCAGAUUGGUUGUUAGAUUCUGGCAAGCAUUACCCGCCAAAUCACCGGACACCUGACUGGGCCCGUGAUCCGCCGGCCAUGCCAGUGCCCGCGAUGCCUGAACCGGUGGGAAGAGUGGAGAAAACGACGUUUCCUGAAUCCAGGGAUCAUAAUGGUCGGAGACGUGGUACAGGACGACAGGCCUCCUUUAUAUCAGCAUCAUCAACUCCGCUGCGAAAUGGAUUGUCCGUCGAGUCUCGGGUGCCAAAUGAGUCAGAUCAUGGUCCUGCACGAUCCCGGCCACGCCCGUCGGACAACUCUGAUUUAAGCCGAGAAGGCCCGGAUCGUCUUCAUUCUAGAGACCGAGAUGUGCAUCAAGCAUUGGUAACAUUCUCUAGUCCAUGGACUCCGCCACACUUCUCACUGCACCACGUACAACCCAAUACAAGACAUAUGCCCCAGCUACCUGACUUGGAUCCUGCUCAAUUUCCCUCCUUGACGCCCGCGGCCACCAAAGAUUCUGGUGCCAUACCAGACGAAUUCGAGGACACGCCACACAAUGGUGUUGUCUUCAUGGUUCAGAAUGGUCUGACAGGGUUCUGCACUCCCUCUCUCUUCCUUUCAAUAGCGGACUUGAUUCGAGAACUAAAUGAAGAUCACCCGGUUGACCAACUGGACAAGGUCCAAAUUACGGUCAUGAAGCGAAUACUAGAAACUCACAAGCACGACGACAGAGGCCACGUUGUGGACUUCGCUGUCCAGUUGCCCUUCGUACAUGUUAGGUUGAUCAACGGCCUACAAGGCGAAGGCGAAGGCAGUACAUCAGUUCCAAAGGAGGACCAGUAUGACGUGAAACUCCGGAGCUCACAAUUGUUUUACCGCCUCUUACAUCCAAAGACUAGUACCAGGUUCGCGCCCACCCCGCCGCAUAGUCAGCUGGCGUAUGGUUCAAUUGAAAACCUCUCUGUGUCUGUCAGGGACGAUACCCUUGAGGCUGAGAGACCUUCCGCUCAGACCGCAGUCUCGCUCGCGAACGUGGGAUUUUGGUUCUGCUUGAAAGAAGACAUCAACUCAAAACUACAGUUGAGCAACUUUGACGUGGUCUUAUGGGCGGAUCAACUCAACAGCAUGGCAGGGCUGAUUCAAAGGACCGUGUCAAUGGUAGAUCGCAUUGUCGAUGCCUUCGAGGGCCUUGACCAGAGCUACAAAUCAAGGCACUUGAUCUAUCAUCUGACUCAAGCGGGCAACGCAAUUUCGGAUCCCAUCUUUUUGAUCAGGCCCUCCUAUGUGCUCAGAAGCGCGGACAAACAUGUCCGUCUCAGCGACUCCUGGAAGAUCAUUUCUAGGCUCAGGUACAUAUUCGCCACCCUCGAGAAAGACCAGGGACGAGACUUCAUCGGAAAAUGCGGCUGCGAAGAUCUCGAGCUGAAAGAUCCAGCUAAACUCCAGGUUCUUUCUUCCUUCGAGGCGUGGCGAGGCUGGGACUACGCGCGCGAUGCAGUGCCAAUUAUGAGCUCUCUGUUCGAAUGCGGGCGUGUCCAAACGCCGGAAGCAGUCAACAACAAGCUCGUUGUACAGUCGGAAAUCAUCGUGGGCAAACUUGAAAUUAUCUUGGAUCCCGGCCCCCGUCAGAGUGAUCUGGCUCUACUCGGCCUUGACUUCAACAUAAUCCUGCGCCCUGCAGGUACCUCCGGCAUCGGCAGCAACGCGCGGAGAAUCAUCCUUCAAGCCUACACUGCAGACACCUCGCUCCAUCUCAAUUGGGCCCUGGUUGAACUCGCCCGUCAAGUCAUUGAACUGGGUAACCCUCUGACACUGAAAACACCAAAAACCAACAAAUCCAUCGAGAAGACAGCGCAAACCCUGACCGCAAAAAGAAACCAUUUUACAGUUAUGGUGGGAGCUGAUGCAGCCUCCAUUUACCUCACCACUAUCAACCUCAAACUGAAAUGGGCAGCUGAAAGUUUUCGAAGCGGUAUUUCUUUCUCCGAAGGCGGCUCCCAGCCUACGAUUUCCUCCUUUACGGUUGCAGCAUACACAGCAGUGGCCAAGUUCAGAAGCCAUUCUCACACUUUGAUGAUGUGGCGCCUCCGUAUGCCGAAGCUCUAUGGGUCGGUGUGGCCCCAGCCGGCCGACAGCUCCGGAGACCAAAAGAUGGUUGUUCAACUCUGUGCAGCCUCGCACAAGCUUCGGUUUCAGAUGAAGGAAGAUAUUGUCAAAUUGCUUGUCGCAGCCGAUUCUGUCGUCCGCGAAGAAGUUGCGACAAUUGUUGAUCUGGUCCAUCUGGUUCCCAGCGCAAGCGACAACAAAGUUCAAAAGAUCUCAAGCUCAAACGAUCCUCUAGAUCUUGACCUCCGUGUGGCCAUGUUUUUGGAUGACUAUAGGUUGAACUUUGUGGUGGUUCCAUCUCUGCACUAUGCCAUUGCCGGGAACGUGGCCCGUACGUCAAUCAUUCCGCGGCGAAAUGGGGGAUUGGAUGUCAAUUUUGACAUCAAAGAGCACGAGCAUUUGUUUGAAGUAUCCCAGGGUGCUUCUCGGGGCAAUCUGUCCCUCUUGAAGAUGCCGCCCAUUAACGGACGUCUUUCCGUAGCCCAGACAGACUCCCUCAUUUCCGUCCGGGCUCGCAUGACAGUCGAGCAGAUCAAUCUGGAAGCUUCGGGUGUACGAGCUUGCUUCGACGCGUUCAACCAGCCUGGUGUGAUACAACUAAUACUUGAUGCCAGGAGGGCAAUUCAGCAAGUGCAAGAAUCUGUUGAUCAUAUAACAGGUGGAAAAUCCAAAGCCAAGGUGGAAGAACCAGCUGAUGCCACUCUUUUGCUUCGCUAUGCAAUUCACGGAACCCUAGCAGGGAUCAAGAUUCACUUUAGUGCUCCGUCUGUCAGGGAAGAUCAGGACUACCGGGCUGACAUGGAGCUCAAGCUUCAAGGGACGACAUUGUACAUACACAAUGAGGCGAGCCGUCCAGACUCGAUCCACGAGCGGCCACAAUUUAUUCUCAACUCUCAGGGCAUCGGCGUUGGGCUCUAUCGCAGCACCAGAUACGAGCGAACCAAUUUUGGAAGCUGCACCAUAGGUUUGAAAGCCUCGGGAAAGACCGAGACCGUCGGGAACUCAGGGACAGUCCAGGUUUAUAGGGCUUGGAGCGAUGGAAUCGCUGUGGAGCUUUUCGAGGAGAGUGCCACCCUGGCGGUCGACAUUGUUGCGUUUUUGCAGGAUCGAAUCAAAUCCCUCAAACUUGCCGAUGAUGGGGAGAACAUCCAGCGGAUUCGGAGGAUGACCACUGCUGGCAUCACGGAUCGGUUGAGGCCCAGAGAACCGACAAUGGACGCGGUCAGUGAAACGGCGGCUGAGAGCGUCGACGGUGCUUCAACAAUUCUCUACGCGUCGACCUAUGCUCUCGACCUUGAGAAUAUCAUGAUACGAUGGAAUUUGGCGAAAAGCCCUGGGCUUUCGGCCACCCGUGAGACGGAGGAUCUGGUCUUCUCGAUACGAAAGGUCGAUCUCAAGACCCGGCAAGAGGGUACCGCCCGACUAUCGAUAGUGGACACACAACUACAGAUCGUCCCACAGUCACAGUCGAAGAAACCUACGGUACGGACAGCCAACUCUGCUUUGCUACCGGAAGUUGUCUUUGCCACGGCCUACCUGUCCACGAAGCAUGAACGACGCUUCGCAUUCCAAGCAAAAGGGAAAGCCCUGGACCUCCGACUCGCUUCCGACUUUGUGAUACCAGGUCACGCCUUACAGAACUCCCUUGGCAAUGCCAGCGCCGAGUUACGCAGAGCGAAGAGUUUCCGUGAGACCAGUCCAGCAACACCACAAGCCUCUCAAAUAGAUCUGCUGGGUGGGAAGCGACUGGCAUCCCUUCUGGUUGACGCUGAUUUUGCCGGAGCUGUCGUCCAUAUCAGUCCUCGUUCUGAGGCCGAACACAAGAACUCAGUAUUCGGAUUCUUCAAAGGCAAGAAACGUUCUCGGGCUGGCCGCUAUGGUCAAGCAGUCCAAGGAGAGGACGUGUCGUCAGCUGUGUUGAAAGCUCCCGGUGUUGCCCUAAAAGUCGAGUACAAAGACGACAAUAAGGACGAUCCAUCCCUCAGCACCGAGGUCAGAGUCGCAGCGUCUUCGAAUACUCUCUACCCCACCGUCGUGCCUUUGGUGCAAGAGAUAUCAGCAAGUAUCAAAGAGAUUCUGGGCGAUUCAGAUCGACCCGCCGACGUCAAGGCUAGCCCAUCACAAGACGCUCGCAGCUACAUCUCCGAUGCCACUCUGAGUAACUCGAAUCCUAGUGCCAUUUUUGGUCGCUGCAAGUUGAACGCCGGCCUUUAUAUCCAGCCACAGGAAUUCAGCUUGAGCUGUCAGCCAAUUGCAAGGGUGGCGGCCACGGCCAGGUUUGCAGACAUCUUCGUUAGGGUCAACACCGUGUCUGCGCCAGAUCAGGAACGAUUCUUUGCAAUUCAGACCACAUUCAAUAAACUGGGCGCAUCAGUACAACACGUUUACUCGCGGGAAUCCACCGCGAGCUUUGAAGUGGAUUCCAUCGUCAUGUCGCUGAUGAACAGCAAGCAUGUGAGUGCCACAACCGGUAUUUCGGCGGUUCUCAACAUCAGUCCGAUGAAGACGGACAUCAAUGCCAAACAGCUGCAGGACUUUCUUCUUUUCCGCGAAAUCUGGUACCCUCCAGAACUUCGCAGUAAGUCCAAACCGAGUGCUCCCGUGGCAUCUCCCCUGGAUCAACAGGCCUACGCAAUGCAGCGCUAUCAGGAGCUCUCUGGGAAGGGCACCUUACCAUGGCAUGCUAUCGUGUCUGUGCAGGAAGUUCAGCUCUCAGUCGACCUUGGCCAGGGGCUCGGCAAGUCCGUCUUCACCGUCUCCAAGCUGUGGGCUUCGUCAAGAAAGAACAGCGACUCGGAGCAGAACUUGUGCAUAGGAUUCGACAGAGUGGGCGUGGACAGCACAGGGCGGAUGAGUGGCUUCAUUGAGCUGGAGAACAUGCGAGCACGGACGUCGAUCAAAUGGCCAGAGGAUGCUACGGCAAAAACGCGCGCUCCUCUUGUCCAAGCGUCCAUUGGUUUCGAGCAUUUCCGCGUCAAGGCUGCCUUCGAUUAUCAACCAUUCGCGGUAGCAGACAUCUCUUUCUUCGAAUUUUUGAUGUACAACGUGAGGCAGGGUCUCGGACACGACAGCGAUCGGCUGGUCGGGCUCGUCGACGGCGGCAAAGUCCAAGUCUUCUGCACCACGGCCACUGCUGCCCAGGGUCUUGCCCUCGUGCAGGCGUUCGAACGGUUAAUGCAGGAGAAGCACGAAGCAUACGAGACGUCGCUCCAGGACCUGGAUAAGUUCCUCCGAAGGAAAUCGAUGUUUCCAUCCAGCACUUGGAGCAAUCCAGCUCCGGUCAGGAAAAGCAAGGAGAAAGCUGCAGCCAAGGGCACGUUCGCGUUGCAUACAGACGUGGUUCUGACUCUGGGAGCUCUUGAUGCUGGGGUCUUCCCAAACACAUUCUUCGACAAUCAGAUUCUCAAGGUCGAAGCGACCGAGGUACAGGCAAGGUUUGCCGUGGCUACGACUGAAGGCAAAACCCACAGCGCACUGGGAAUGACGCUAGGACAACUCAGAGUCGCGCUGUCGAGCGUGAACCGGGCCACCACAAAGGCCUUGAGCGAGGUUUCAGUGCCAGAUGUAAUUGACAGAGCCACCACCUCUCGAGGCGGGACCAUCGUCAAAGUGCCUCGUCUCGUCUCAGCAAUGCAGACCUGGCAGGUCGCAGACUCCAACACCAUUGAAUAUACCUUCCGGAGCACCUUUGAAGGAAAAGUCGACGUUGGCUGGAAUUAUGCUCGAAUCAGCUUCAUCCGCGGCAUGUGGCAGGCCCACUCCCGUGCUCUGGCCUCACGUUUAGGAAAACCCCUACCACCAUCUGCCAUCAAAGUCACCGCCGAGCCUUCGCAAGAUGGUGAAAACGGCCGUCAAGAGAAGAUCACUGCGGUCGUCAAUGUCCCACUGAGUAAAUUCACCUAUGUGGCACUUGAGCCGCCGAUAAUUGAUACGCCACAGCUCCGGGACAUGGGCGAGGCAACGCCGCCUUUGGAGUGGAUCGGAUUACACCGGGACAAGUUGCCCGAGGCAACGCAUAGCAUCGCGAUUGUGAGUCUGUUGGAGAUUGCCAGGGAGGUGGAGGAUGCGUACACCAGGAUUCUGGGGGCAAGCUGA